GCACAUGCUGUGGAAAUUUAUGGACGAGGAUUGGUACCGAGUAACGUUUAUUUAUUGUCAUGAUGGCGCUAGUAGCGUUCAUCUGGUGGGUGAUUUCUGCGGCUGGAAAACUGACUCUUUGCCAAUGAAGAAAGAGGGAAAUGAAUUUCGUCUUACUUUACCUCUCAUGGAAGGAUAUUAUAAAUAUAAAUUUUUUGUUGAUGGUAAAGAGUGGCACGCAGAUCCCACUAAUCCUCACCGAGAUGAAGAAUACGGGAACUCCGUCAUGUUCAUUCACAUGGAUCCGGGAAUUUGUGUUCGUCGUGCAUGCCCCAUUCCUCACAGAGCUUACAAUCGCCCAUACUCUGAUGGGUCCCAGUUUCAAGUCAUUGAACCAGAAGUUUCAGCAGACAUUGCAGCUUAUGGAAUACUGAAACGACCAAUUUUUGUCUACUUGCCUCCAUCGUAUGCUAAUACGUGUGAUGUGAAGUAUCCAGUUAUGUAUGCUCAUGAUGGUCAAAAUGUUUUCUCUACUCCUGGUGAUUGUGGUGGCCCAUGUUGGGGUGGUAUGUAUUUAGAUGAAAUAUUGGACAAAAUGUGGCACGAUGGAGAUAUAGAGGAGCUCAUUCUUGUUGCUGUUCCGAAUGUUGAUGGUCUGUUGCCAGGAAACAGAAUGAAAGAAUAUUGCACUGGCUCUUUUAUUGAGUCUUCACGUGAUCCAUUCAUUCGUUAUCUCAUUGAGUGUGUAAAACCUGCUGUUGAUAUAAAAUUCCGAACUCAAGAUGGUCCAAUGUCAACCACAUCAUUUGGAGCAUCGAUGGGCGGGUUGUUGUCUCUUACACUUGCUGUUACUCAUCAUCAUGUGUUUGGUAAUGCAAUCUGCAUGUCUCCUUCACUCUGGUGGGUUGAUAGCAAUAACUUGUCAUUAUUUAAUAUUAUUGAGAACAUCAAGAAGGUUCCUAUCCGACUGUAUCUUGACUCAGGAGACGGGGAUGGUGAUAAUAAAUAUGAAACUAAGGAGAUGGCUGAUCUGUUGAGAUCACUAGGAUGGAAAGAAGGUGAAGACUUAAUGUAUUAUCUUGACCAUUCGGCAGAGAAGAGAGACGAUAAGAUCACACACAAUGAACAAGUGUGGAGAGACAGAGUACAUUUACCUCUUUGUUUUGUUUUUGGCAAAAAGCAAUUUGUAUAAGUUUUUUAUGUCUACUAUGAAACUCUAUACUGGAGACCGUUAGUAUUAAUUUUUGUAGCAUGUCAAAUAUAUUUGUUAUGAAUUAUCAUUAUUAGUACA